ACACACAGAUAAGAGACUGUCCAUAAUCAGUGGUUUCAUACAGUUUCUGGAGUCUGGUGUUUCUCUGAUUGGACACACUGCGUUCAGGUCCAGUUCAGGAAGAGUCUGGACGGAUCCAGGAGCCAGGAACAGAUCAGACACCUGCUCUGAAACGAGACGCCCUCACCAGCAUCUGCUUCAGUGUUUGUCAGACAGUGAGCGAGUCUUUCAGCUUAUCUGUGAUUCUCCAACAGCAAACAAACUGAAGGUUUAUAUGAUCGUUUUCAGAGAGGUGCAGGACCAUGCAAACAUUAAAUGAAAAAGUCCAACUGAGAGACUCUGGGUUCGGUCGACCCUGGCCCAGACACGGACUCAGACUCCUCUACUGGUUUGCCAAUGAAUGCAUUUCUUUUGACAUAAAGAACAACAUGCUCUCUGAAUGUGACCCAGCUGAGGGAGAUUUUGGUUUUCACGAAUUUCAGAACAGAUACGACCAAUAUGGGAAAAAACUUCUUCCAGACAUAGAGUUUCCUUAUUAUGUAGUUGGCAAUCUAAAUUCACCAGGAUCUGAAGAUCUUCCUGAUUACGUCUCAGGAGACAAAUAUACUGACGAGCAUGACAGCAACACGGAUCGCAUCAUUGUCAGUCUUGAUGAGGAGUGGUUUGAUAGAGUUUAUGUGACUCAACACCACGACCGAUCAAACUACGAUCCAGACGCCACUCACAGGAUCUCCAGAGGCCUUCUCGUGAUCAUCGGGAGAAUGAGUUUAGAGGACUUUCUGAACAAGAUGGGUUAUUAUCCAUGCAUGGAGUAUGUCCAACCAACGCCUGAGAUUGAUUACAGACCUCAAACUCCAGACACAGUCAGUCCUGAUCUCACAGCGGUCAGUGUAUCCUCCAGUGAUUCCUCUGAGAGGGAGUCUCCUACGACACAGAAUAAUGACAUCAGAAUCCAGAUAGAUGAUGAUGACACGCCUGCACAAAAACCAUCAGGGAACUUACCCCCAACAAGGGGAUUCUGUGAAACAUUCUGCACCAUUCUUUAAAACAGAUGUGCGUUCCAGGGAUUUCGGUUGGACUCAUUGGUGGACUUCAU